AUAAACACACAACACAAAUAAAUUUAACUAUUUUAUUCUCUCAUACAUUUAUAAAUAAUUACCGCCACUGACGAUAUGUGUCGUGUUAUUGCAUUAGUAAUAACACGACAAAUUUAUCCAUCUGUUUUUUAAAAAAUAUUUAUAAUAAAGACAUUCAUUUUAAAUAAUUAUAUUUACAAGAAUGAAGUGAUUUAUCAACAUCAGUUUGUCAAUAAAUAGUUAGUUAACUUAUUUUAUUACUCUGUCAAUAUUUAUAGAUAAUAAAUAUUAUAUUGUUAUCAAACCAAAUCAUAUCAACGUAAUAUCCAAAAAUAAUAAACCAAAAAAUUAAAUUAUUAAUUACAUAAUGUGUUAAAUUUAUUUAGACUUGAAUAAAAAAAAAUCAUCAGAGAAUGUCAAUCCAGUCAUCCAGCCUGCCCAGCAAACCCGAAAUCCUCGAGCUCGCGAAGAUCCUCCGUAAAAAUGGUGACCAAGUACUCAGUGGCACAAGUAAGCUAUCUCUCUCAACAAAACUUCUUCACGAUCUCAAUAAUGGAUUUUCUCUUAUCGUCGACGACACCAAAGACUUUGAAUGUUCAUUCCAAGUCUGUAACAAUUCCGAGAUCGAAAUCUUCCGCGACCUAAAAUUCCUCCACGACUUUGUUCAGAAGACAAUAUGGCUAAAAAUCAUCAACAUAAACGAUCCAGUUACGAUCGACAUAACCAAAUUUCGUCAUUUGCGUUUCCUAGAGUUACAAAAAGUUUUUAUCGACAGCGUUCGCGGUAUUCAGGGUAUCCGCGGCCAAUUAGAAAGCAUCUAUUGCACAGGAAAUGGCGGAGUCGGUUCAGUAGGUCGCCUACUAAGUUCCUGUGGUGGAGACGCCUGCGUCGGUUUUGUAUGGGCGUCGUUAAAACGUCUCUCCUUGCCUUACAACAAUCUCGGUCGCCUUGACAAAUCCCUCGAAUUGGCGCCCUGGCUCUCAACUCUAGAUCUCUCCCACAAUUUUAUCAGCAACGCCAAUGAAUUAGACUGUCUCCCUAACCUUAAAUAUAUAAAUUUAAGUUACAAUAAAUUAGAAUCUAUUCCCUCUUUUAAUCGAUCCUCAUAUCGAACUAUAACGAUUGUUGUUUUUAAAAAUAAUUAUAUCGACGAUUUAUCCGGAUUAGAAAAACUCGAUUGUUUAUCAGAACUUGAUAUUUCUUAUAAUUGUCUGCUAAAUCAUUCAGUUUUAUGGCCGAUUUCUUCAAUAACGAGCUUAAUAUGGUUAAAUUUAAUUGGCAAUCCUCUAUAUUAUCACGACAAACAUCGUUCCAGUACACUGCGUUAUUUACAUGCAGCUCUUGCUGAAAAUAAAUUUACGUUGGAUGAAAUUCCAUUGAGUAAAUCAGAAAAAAAUUUAGUUAGUGAUAAUAGGGCGUACACAAUAAGAGGGCAAAAUAAAUUAAAUGAACGCGUUUGUUUGCCGGUUGAAAUUGACUGUGUUGCUGAAAUUGUUUGCGUUGCGGAAAGCGAAAAAAAAAGGCGGACUAUUGUAAAGGAAGUUGAUAUUGAUGAUUUGAGCGAUGAGUUUGAGGUUAUUGGAGCUGAUGGUAAUGAAAUUGACCAGGGAAAGGCUAAAGAAAAGGCCAAGGGCAGGGGAAGGAGUAAUGAUAGGGAAAGUGUAUUAGAAACUUCGAUGGAUCAUUUGGAAACAAAGAAAAAAAUUUUGGAAUUGAGAGAAAAAUUUGGCGGCGAUUGGCUAAGAAGUCAUGCGGGUUCUGUUGUUCAGGAUAUUAUGGGAUUGGAUAAAUAUCCGGUCGCUUCUACGCCCCGUGACUUUAACGAUUUGGAGGAGGGAAAAAAUAUCGAAUGUGAUAACGGUCGAGUUGAUGAUAGUUUAAAAAUAUCUGAGGAUGGAUUAGUUGAGACAAAUGAUCGAGUUGAAGAACAAAGAGACGGAGUUGGAGAUCAGAAGGAUGAAACUGAAGAGCAAGAUGAUGAUUUUCAAGAAGACAACAAUGAAUUUGUUGAGCAGAAAGAAGAAGUUUAUGAUCCAGAUGAAGAAAUCGGUGAUUUAUUUAUUGUCAGUAAGAAAAAUCCGGAAGAAGAAAUAUUUUUGGUGAUAACAAAUGAUGAUGUUAUUGAACGUGACUCGAUAACUGGUAAAAUAAAGUAUCGAUGGUCGAUAGAAACUGUUUUAUCGUGUAUUAUGGGCAGGGGUGAAACGACGAGCGUUGAUUUUAUAUUUGAUACUACGAGACGCGAUCGCCAGUCACGGAUGUACUACGCCGAUGGAGAGGAUGCUUUGAAAAUAGUUAGACUAAUGGCGGGAAAAAUAAAAAAGCGACCGAUUGUGCUUAAAAUUUUCAAGUGCAUGAAAUGCUCGACUCAUUUCUCCCAGGACCCGGAUUAUGUCGUGGGAAUUGGGAUGGUAGAUUUGAAACCAACUUGUCCUGCUUGCAAGAGUUUGUUAGUUAUACAGACUGACGAACUGAUGACCCCUGAUGAUAAAGCUGAUGAAAAUGGUAAUGGAGAUGCUGAGGGCGAUGGUGAUAAAAUUAAUUUCAAGUUGAGCAGAACGACAGAAGUCGAAAAUGUCACGACCAUGGAUCUCAGGCACUCAGAGUCGCAAUCGAGUAUCGGCGGAAUUGAAGAUGGAGCUCUAUCAAUUACCACUUCUUUGGUGUGUUCUGACUCUCAAAACCAAGCCCAGGUUUGCUGUUCAGCAACAAGUUUAGAAGAUUCACGUGAGUCAACACCAUCAACUGGUACAGUUAUGAAAAAAUAUGAAAGUGAUAUUGAAAUAUUGAGUAACCCAAGUCAAAGUAGUAUCGAAGUAUUAGAUGAUGGUUCCAAAUCAAGUACAACGCCUAAUCGUAAAAAAUCAUCUGAAGAGCGUCGUAUUGCGAUAGCGCCAUCAUUAUUAACAAUACCAGACACAACUCCUAUUAUGGCGGGUCUUACUGAAAGUAGUUCAUCAGGUUCUUUGACUGACAGUAUCUGCACAACUUACGAAAAUAAACAAAAAACCGCGAAAACCCCAACGAAAAUCCCUGUAAAAAAUCAAAUCGACGAAGUACAAUCAGGCAGUUUAGGAAGUAUCAAAGAAUCUCCAUACACACCAGUAUCUAAUCUAACCUCAAUGCUCGGAGGCUUACUAAGUAGUAUGAAAAUAGGCGCCAAGAACUCGGCAUUGAAAGCCGAUGAGCCAGAAUAUUUGAGCACAGAUAUCCAAUAUUCGUUUACAAAUUUCACCAGCGUUGAUCAUCGUAUCAAACUACACUUGAUACUAAAUAUAUUUGAGUUAGAAAACGAAGAGCUUGUUUUAUUUUUACGUUCUGAAAUAUUAUUACCCAAUCAAAUAAAACCUUUCGCGGGUUGUUUAGUUCUAUCGACCUCAAAAAUUUACAUUCUCAAAAUAACCGGAAUUGAAGGUGAAGAUCCAUCACGUUGGUUGCACAAAGAAAUAUCAUGGACAAUGGACCGCGUUCGUACAUUCGCUCCGUUACCAUUCAAACAGGGAAUAACAAUUGAACCAGCCGAUAAUAAUUCUGUGGAUGACAACAUCAACAAUAGUCUAAAUUUAUUAUGUAUAUUACAAGACUUUCAACGAACAUCAAAUCUAUUGUUCUAUUUAACGGACUUGCCAUUGCCCACUAGUUGUGAAGUCGAGUUUACAAUAAACGAAAAUUCUACAUCAUUGAUGCAUCAACUAAUGGCUGGAUCGAAAUAUCAUAAGGAAAAUGAUGCCGUUAGAAUAUUUGCAAUAUUUUCAUUCGCUAAUUUAGAUUUGGGCGACCGGGAUGUUAAAAUCAAUAUGGCAGGUCUGUUGGUUACGACGUCAUCGUUAAUAAUAACUGAGGAUAAAAUGCAUUGGUUAUUGCCGGAAAUUAAUGAAGAACCGGUCAAAUUAACGGAGCAAUCAAUAAGCAAUCUUAUUGAAGUGAUAUCCGAUGGAUGUACGUUAGGGUUAAAUUUUCUUGACGAAGUGGCGGGUAUUGAAGAGCUGUGGACAUUUAAGUUUGUAUCAAAUGAAGCAGCCAAUGCUGUUAUUAAUGCAAUUCAGCCGCCAUGGGAAGAAUUGUUUUCUGUACCGUUACAGAUAACCACUAAGACUUGUUUGGAUACAAUAAGUUAAUAAUUAAGUAACUAUAUAAUCUAUAAAUAAUAUCUUAUUACCUAACGUACAAUCAAAUUAUUUAAAUACUCGUGUUUUUACAUUAAUUAUAUUGUAGUUUUAAUUAAUCAAUCGCAAUAACCGAUAAAUACUAUUUUUCUAACGAUAACUAGAAAACAUAAAUCAAUUAAUAAAGUAGUAAUAAUUGAAAUUAUUAUAAAUAAUAUUGAUUAAAAUGUGCUAAACGAAUUGAAAGCUGUGAUAAACGAUGUCUUGUUAAAUAUUUAAAUUAAA